UCUCACAGAAGCAGAGCCAUGUGCCCCACACUCCUCAGCCUCCUGAGUCUUGGAUUCUGUGUGAGUCUGAGGAUCUUGGCAGUUGUGGGUGAAUAUGACAAGCCCUCUUUGUCAGCCUGGCCAAGCCCCAUGGUUCCCUUAGGACAGACUGUGACUCUUCAGUGUCACUUCCGUUCUCCACGUAAGAGAUUCAAACUGUUCAAAACAGAUGGGACCAGUUUGACUGAGCUCCAUGGAAAUCAUUUCAACACCUUCACCCUUGGCCCAGUGACCAGAGAACAUGCCGGGUCCUACACAUGUUCCAGAUUCUCCAGUUCUCUCCCUGUGUUGUCCAGACACAGUGACCCCCUGCAGAUUGUGGUCACAGGUGUCUUCACAAAACCCUCCAUCUCAGCCCACCCCAGCCCCCUCAUGCGUGCAGGAGAGAAUGUGACCCUCCGCUGUCAGUCACUGCUGUGGUUUGACAAGUUUAUCCUGCACCAAGAAAAUAGCCCAGGGCAUUUCCAGAGACGUGGACAGAUGCUCACUAGUGGGCAUGCCCCAGCUGACUUCUCCAUUGGCCCCAUGACUUUGGCGAGUGCAGGCACCUACAGAUGCUAUGGCUCUUUCAGCCACUCCCCCUAUGUGUGGUCAGCUCCCAGCGACCCCGUGGACAUCAUCAUCUCAGGUCUGUCCAAGAAACCCUCUCUCUCAGCCCAGGGGGGCCCCGUGGUGAGGUCAGGAGAGAACGUGACGUUGGUCUGCAGCUCCGAAAGUGCCUUUGACCAGUUCCAUCUGCUCAGGGACGGGGAGAACCUUGAGUGCCCACUUGCUGGAGGGCAGAGCCCCCAUGGAACACUCCAGGCAGAGUUCCCUCUGGGUCCUGGGACCCCUGACCACAGCGGGGUCUACAGGUGCUACGGAUCCUUCACUCGCUCUCCCUACUCGUGGUCAGAUUCCAGCGACCCACUGUUCCUGUCUGUCACCGAAUCCACUACAAGUACUUCCUCAUCACCCAUGGAUCCACACACCACAGAAGAAGCACCGCUUCCUCGAGAACACUCCAGCACGUGGUACAUUGUCCUUGGGCUUGUCAUAGCCUUCACCUCUACCAGCAUCAUCCUCGCUGCUCUUGUCUGUCGCUGCUUUUCUACCCAAAAUCAUGUUUCCUUCACAGAAGGAGAGCCCAAAGAAGACAGAAUAGUGAACAGCGAGGAUCCUGCAGCAGAAGAUGUGAUAUACGCUAACUUGAACCACAGGACCCUGUCCGAGAGCUUCACUCCCGCUCCCUCGAGCCCCAUGCACCCCUUCACCGAGCCCAGUAUCCAUGAAGAAUUCAAUGUAAACCACGACCAUGCUGAGCCCUGACCUGUCCCCAGGCUGUGAGCACAUAGAGUGUUACAAAUCGAGGACUUAGGUCUCUUUUUUAAGGGGUUCCUCCGUGGACACUCCUCCUCCUCCAAAGCAGCCCAGCAACUCUGAGGUAACAGUGCAGUCCAAGAAUUAUAGGAUCAUCUUCAAAACUCCCACAACCUCUUAGUAAUCUCCUGGCUACUCUAGGACUACAUUUUAUCUAUCUCACCAUUUGGGGAGAAGGUACAAUCAAUCACACAUCCUGGGCAGGUUACUAUGAUCAUCCUACUUUUUCUAAAAUUCCAA